AUGGGUGCUUUGAGUCAGGAAGAGAUCAUUUCCAACACAAGAACUGUUAUUCAAGGUCUUGACUCGUUGCGAUUGGAACAUCACCAACUACUAAACAACCUUCUUUCCAUGAAUGGGAUUGCUGACAAAAACUUCCACAACAUCAACAACAACAUUGUUGAAGAGAAGAUCAACAUGUUGAAGAAGGCCAUUGAGGCUAUUGAUCUGGCUAUUGGGGAGGCUCAGAUGAUGGUAUCAUUUGCUGGUCACAUGGAGACAAUUGAGAGCGAGAAGCAGAAGUUAAGAGCGCAGGUACGUCGACUUUGUCAGGAAAACUCCUGGCUCAGAGACGAACUCUCCAUGACUCAACAGAAACUUCAACACAGCGAACAGAAGUGUGCACAACUGGAGGAACAGAAGACACACUUGGAGUUCAUGGCCGCUAUGAAGAGAUACGAUUCCAACGCGGUUCGUAAUGAAAGUGAAACUCAGAAUGAUGCUUCCUCCCUGCACGUCGAUCUGGGUUUCCCCGAGGAGGAUGAAGAGAAUCAAGCUGAAGCUGUUUUCCCCAAUACUUCGACAUCUCAGUCGUCGAUCGUCGGUGGUGGCUACGAGGUUCCAGCCCGCCUGCGCACUCUCCACAACCUCGUCAUACAGUACGCCUCACAAGGUCGUUACGAAGUGGCAGUGCCCUUGUGCAGACAGGCCCUAGAUGACCUUGAGAAGACAAGUGGGCCCGAUCAUCCCGAUGUGGCCACAAUGCUGAAUAUUUUGGCUCUUGUUUACAGAGACCAGGGCAAGUACAAGGAUGCAGCGAACAUGUUGAAUGAUGCCCUCCAGAUCAGAGAAAAGAGUCUGGGAUCUGAUCAUCCUGCUGUGGCAGCCACACUGAACAACUUGGCGGUGUUGUACGGGAAGAGAGGCAAGUACAAGGAGGCUGAGCCACUUUGCAAGCGGGCGCUCGUCAUCAGAGAGAAAGUCCUAGGCAAGGACCAUCCAGAUGUUGCCAAACAACUGAACAACCUUGCCCUGCUCUGCCAGAACCAGGGUAAGUACGAGGAGGUGGAGCAGUAUUAUCAGAGGGCCCUGGAUAUCUAUCAGUCGAAAGUGAACGGCCCUGAUGACAACAACGUCGAUAAGACUAAAAAUAACCUGGCAUCUGCAUAUUUGAAGCAAGGAAAGUUCAAGCAAGCGGAAAUGCUCUACAAGGAAAUAUUGACGAAGGCGCAUGAGAAGGAGUUCGGAUUGAGUGGAGAUGUCACAAAGCCUAUUUGGCAGUAUGCAGAAGAACAGGAUGACAGCAAGGGUCGACCGAGGGACAUGAACACCAUGAAAGAAUACGACAACUGGCAGAGAUCUCUCGGUCCCAAUGGUAUGACGGUGACGACGACGCUGAAGAACCUCGGCGCACUCUACAGGAGGCAGGGCAAGCACGGAGCUGCCGAAACCAUCGAAGAGUUCCUCAACAAAUCCAGACAACAACAACAACAACAAAAUGGUUACGACAGCGGCAGAGAUGUAAGAUCCAAGCAGUCGACCACGGGCCACAUGAGGGAGAGCAGUCGCAGCGGUGGAGGCGUGUCCGGUGGCGCAGGUGCUGGAAGGUCAAGGCCAGUCUCUAUGGACGGGUCCUUCUAUGAUAAGAUGAAUAAUUCUUCUGAUAGGCCUGAGCAGCAACAAUAGCUUGUACAGUGCAGUGUAACAAACCAAAAAACGAACCGACAACAAUCAAAUGUGGUGCCGAGAUGUCAUACGUUUCUAUGUUUUGUUGCGU